UAUUACGGAGAGAACGGAUUUUAUCACAAGCUCAUUAGUCAGAAUUUUUAGGGACACGUCAGUAAAAACGAAAGUAACAAAAAGCGAUUUUACAAGAGAGAUGAGUUAAAUUUUAGUGUUUUCGCGUGGAAAAACAAGUCAUCUAAAAGCAUUUUUGGGAAAGCUAUAAUGGAGCGUCUAAGUGUGUUUAUAAAGCUUCUGUUAAUUUUCAUCAGUCUUCAGUCUCUUUCAGGAGCAAAGUCAGAUCGAGUCCUCCUGACAGAUGUGAGUGCCCUCACCCUACAUCAUGGUAAGAUGACAAACUCUCGAAGAACUUCCCCAGUACCACAGUUGAAAUGCACAGGAGGAAGUGCAGCUGGUAUGUUCAAGCCGCAGACGGUCCAGUGUAUAAAUAGAGGCUCUGAUGGGUAUGAUGUCCAGUGGGAGUGUAAGACAGAUAUGGACAACAGUUACAGAUUUGGCAAACUCCAAGUAACCUGCGAGGGAUAUGACUACCCAGAAGAUCCAUACAUUCUGAGGGGAUCUUGCGGGUUGGAAUACACAAUAGAUCUAACUGAAGAAGGUUUGGAGAGGAAGAAAUCGGGUGGCCAACACCAGUACUAUGGAGGACAUCAUCACUCAGAUGAUUACCAUGACAGAUCUAACUAUCAAUAUAGCUAUUCAAAGAAAGCAUCAUCCGUUAUGCAGGAUUUGUUCUACCUGGGUGUAAUAGCUGGUAUAAUAUACAUCAUCUAUAAGACAUGUAUAGCCACACCCAACAUCUCCAGUGAUGCCCCUCCCCCGUAUGAUGCACAGGAUCCUCACAGACAGCCAUCAGCACCACCACCGCCAUAUGGUUUCCGGAAUGAAUACAUGCCUGGUACAGGAGGAGGUUCAUGCUCAUCUGGUGCUGGGUAUACAGGUGGUCAAACAUUCACACCCCCUGGAACAAAUACUGGUGGUGGAUUCUGGUCAGGAGCCUUCACAGGGGGUCUGAUGGGGUAUCUCCUUGGUAACAGAAAUAAUGGCACCUACACAGGAUACCAGAGGCCCCAUACCAGUUGGUGGGGUGGCAGGAACUGGGGCACUGGAUGGGGAUCUGGGUGGGGUAGUGGGGUUGGGUCAGGAUGGGGUAGUAGUUGGGGCUCAAACACCUACACAACAGGGACGAGUUCAAGAGGCUCUGGAUUCUCAUCAGCACCGAGAAGUUCAGGAACAAGAACAGCUUCAGGUUUUGGAGGUACUUCGAGGAGGUAAACUUACAAGGAUGAAAUUUAAACUGUUUUCAGGCCUAGUGUUGCAAAGUUACGCAUUCAGUCUGUACUGAUCAGCUGACUUAAGUUUGUGUAUAUACAUGUAGUUGAUACUAACUACAGGAGUUUUAAUAAUUUUCGCUUCAUUUGAUGUCACAAACUGUCUUUAGAGGGGUUAUAUUUUUCAUUUGAUCAUAUCUCUUAUAAAGAGACAUAAUGCCUUUCAAUUAAAGUUGUUGUUUUUUCACACAAACAUGCUGAUUUCUGCUUGAAAAUAAACUUUGUAUGCCCAAAGGUAAUGUUUAGUUUGCUAUUUUAAUGAUAUAGAUGAAACUGGUCUGUUUUGAAGAAGCACGAUAUUAUACAGAUAUAUUUAUGACCGUUGUCUUCAGCUUAUCUGUAUAGCUGGAAAGAAUGGUUUCGUAUUUUGUCUAAAUACAACUUUGUGUGUUUUAGUACCAUUAUUGAAAUAGUCAAUACUAGGGUUGAUUCUGAAAUGAUGUCAAAGAUAAAUCAAGAUGUUCACUAUAUCAGUUCUUGUUAAGAUGAUAAAUAUUGUAAAUAUUUUUUUUCGUUGAUAUACACAGCAGAUUUUAAAUGUAUAUGUUGGAUGUUUUACAAGUAAGUUUAGUUUGUACAGUGUACAGAAAUUUUAAUAUUCAUUUCAUUGAUCAUUUUGACAAUCCUUGUAAAUAUUUCAUCAGACUUUAACCUGUAUCAGCAUUUUAUUGAUUUUUUUUUAUGUUGUGUUGUUAAUCUUUAAUUCACCAGAGUUGCAUGCAUUGUUCAGGCCUGGUGCAAGUGUGCCAGAAUUUUCUGGAAUUUCGGGCUUUUUUAUCAUAGUGAUUUCUGUGAGGAUAUUACAACCUUUCCAGACAGAAAAUGUUCAUCUUUGAAUGGCUUUACUGACAUUUUAUAAGAACUGCCAACUGUUUUCUCUGGGCUUGCAAAAAAUGUUGUUUACAAUACAUAAUCAAAGAAUCACACGUCAGCAUCUGGCAAGAACUCUGUCAUUUUCCAUCAUUUUUUCUACUGUCAUUAUCAUUUUGCAUUGUCUUAGUUUGUGGAUUGUUAGUGCCUUAAUAAAGGUUUGUUUUGGUGAGAGAGAUUUUGAAUUCCAGAUUCAUUGUACAAUAUAUAUGGUAUCUCAUUUUUAUUUAACAUUAUAUUUAUGUUAUCUGUGAUAUUAUGAAGGGAUAUUCUAGAAUAUAUGAAUGAUAUAUGAAUGAUAAACCUGUAUGAAGAUUAAAAAGUUACUAUUA